AUGGACAGUGUGUUGGACCCUCUCUCCGGACUCGACUCUUUCUCCUCCCCUCCUUAUUUCGACGAUGACGAGUUUUUCACCGACCAGUCCUCGAGAGACGGACACUUGGACACUGAUGACUUUCUGGAUGACGACGUCGACUUCCUCACCAGUCACUUCCAAGACUAUUACGGCAAAGACGGCGGCGGCAGAGCAGCGCCUCACGAUGGAGACUACGACAUCGGCAACUUGUCCUUCUCCUCCUCCUCCUCCACCUUCUCCUACGGCUGCGCCGACAGCACCCCGGACCUGUCCCCCCAGACGGGCCACCUCGGCGGGCCGUUACUGAAGCGGAGGAGGCGGAUGAGGUCGGAGAUGGAGAUGCAGCAGCUGAGACAGGCGGCCAAUGUCAGGGAGCGGCGGAGGAUGCAGUCCAUCAACGACGCGUUCGAGGGGCUCCGCUCCCACAUCCCGACCCUGCCCUACGAGAAAAGACUGUCCAAGGUGGACACUCUGCGGCUCGCCAUCGGCUACAUCAACUUCCUCGCCGAGCUCGUGCAGUCGGAUCUGCCUAUUAGAAACUCCAGCAACGAGAUGCACGCGCAACCCAAGAAAGUCAUUAUCUGUCACAGAGGAACAAGGUCUCCCUCCCCCAGCGACCCGGACUACGGCCUGCCUCCGCUGGCCGGUCACUCUCUGUCCUGGUCGGAUGAAAAACAACUCCGGGAGCAGAACAUUAUCCGCACCGCCAAGGUCUGGACACCGGAAGACCCACGAAAACUGCACAACAAACCGGGCCUCACAGAUAUUGAAAACGAGCCUCCUUUCGGCCUCGUGGCCUAA